CGAAAAUCUGAUCCGGAACGACUUCCUGACGAUUAUGUCGACGAGAUACGUAGACUUCUAGAUAGGCACAAGAGAAUUAUGAACGAGUACGAGUUCCCAGAGGAAAGCAGAGAUGAGGAGGAAACUUUGAAGGCUGAUGAAGAGCUUGAAGAAUAUCGCAUUCAUGCUGAUGAUCUACCUCAACCUUCACUGGAAAAAUGUGAAACUAAGCGACGAUCGUGGGGUGGACUAAAUGAUUCAACAUUUGAUCCCGUCGAGCUACCAAAUUCCCUCGAUGCCGGAGUUCAAACAACGUGA